ACCUUUUUCAUACAAAUGAUGGUGCGACGUAGUGGACGUUACACAGUCAACUGGCGGGGAUUUAGGGACUUCGUCGGCAACAAGCCCCCCGAUGACGAAAAAGAGAAGCAAGAACCUGAAGAAGAUUUAUCGAAUCAUGAAGUGAUUUUUCUAAAAAGUAUAGUAGAAAGCCCAGACUUCGGUAGAAAAUAUGCGUCCAUCGAUUCUGAAGAGGAUUUGAUCGUGAAACCCGUCUCGUUGGAUAAUGUGAGCAUAAUAAAAUUGCUGAGCGAAUACCGUGGCACCAACAUACGGACUAUUGAACAAGCAGAACUCGCAAUAUUAUUGUCCAGGGUGCAUUUUAAGGCUCUUAUUGAUGCCCACGAUCAGAUUGGUAAAAUUUGGCUAGAGAGAGGGUCCGGCAUAGAUGAAAAAACUGUAUUGAAGGAAGAACAGAAGGAUAUUGCGGAAGCUUCAGAUCUCAGUCCAGACCAAAACGGAGACAUGCCUGUGGAGACAGUUAAAGUUGUAGGACUUCGGAAAGUGCCUGGACAACCUUUAGGUUUAACAGUAACAACAGAUGAACAUGGCCAAUUAAUUGUAGCAAGGAUACUUGCAGGCAGUGCUGCUGCAAAACAAGCGUUGCUAAGUGUAGGUGAUGUGUUAUUAGAAGUGGAUGGAGUACAGAUUGAUACAGAAGAACAGCUCAAGGAGGCGGUUUCAAAGCCCAACGAUAGAGUCACACUCAAAGUCGGACCUAAUCUUAAAGACAAAAAUGCUCAAGUAACUAAUAAACUUAGCUGUUAUAUGCGAGCUCUGUUUGACUAUAGUCCUGCUGAGGACACAUUAAUUCCAUGUAAAGAAAUUGGACUGGAAUUUAAGAGAGGAGAUAUUUUACAAGUAUCAGAUAGAAAAGAUCCGAACUGGUGGCAGGCAAGUCAUGUGGAGAAACCUGAUGUGGUUGGAUUGAUCCCUUCCCCCGAACUAGAGGAAAGACGUAAAGCAUAUGUGCCCCCUGAAGCUGACUUUGUCCACAAAAUUAGUAUAUGUGGCGCAAGGAUAUCAAGAAAAAAGAAGAAAUUCGUGUACGAGUCGCGCUCGAGUGUACAGCUAGAAGGCGCCGAGUUGGCUCUGUAUGAAGAGGUGGCCAGAACUCCGCCGUUCUUGCGUCGCGUUCUCGCUCUAGUGGGGACGCGCGGUGUCGGUCGCCGGACCCUUAAAAACCGAAUGAUUCAAGACCAUCCUGAUCGAUUUGGAGCUGUGGUGCCGCAUACCUCUCGUCCGCCGCGGCCUUUAGAGGAGAAUGGUUCGUCGUACUGGUUUGUGUCCCGCGAGGAAAUGGAUCGCGACGCGCAUGCGGGACGCUUCCUCGAGUACGGAGAACACAACGGACAUUUGUACGGCACACAUCUGGACUCUAUACGAGCUGUCAUUAAAGAAGGUAAAAUGUGCAUUUUGGAUUGUGCGCCGCAGUCGCUGAAACUUCUGCACAACAGCAACGAAUUCCUGCCCUACGUUGUUAUGAUAGCUGCACCGGGUAUCGAACAGCUGCGCAACCUCACAUACGCCUCAAACCGCAACCUGACGUUCGAUCGGCAGAGCUCCAUACGUUACAGUUCGAGACGCGCAAGGACCCUGGAGUCGCUCGCUUCACUCUACGAGGAAGAAGACAUGAAGCAAACUCUAGAAGAAAGUGCAAGAGUUGAACGCCAGUACGAAAAAUACAUAGAUCUUGUGCUAACCAAUAGCAACGUAGACACAACGUACGCGCGCCUCAUGGAUGCGUUGCAUUCACUCUCUACAGACCACCAGUGGGUGCCCGUGACCUGGAUCUAUUAGGUGUAAACUGCUUUCAAAUCCCAAAGUAUCUAAUAUCUAUAUCUAAUAUUUCAAAAAAGGCCGCGACAAGUUAAUAGCUUUUUUCCUAUUUUUACUCUUCUGCGAUGAUUCAAAGAGCUGAUGUUUGAAAGCUCUUUUCGCUCUUCCGUAAAGCUCCUUUUUUCGAGAUAAUUUAUAAAAGUAUCACAAAAUAUCUAAUAAUUCAACCUCAUAUAUAAUAUUUAGCACAUAAAUACAUUUAAUCACAAAUCUCGAUAUUCUACAGAUUUAUAUACAUAUCUACUAUUUAAAUAACAACUUUAUUGUUUGUGCAUACAACUUUAAUUUUUUUUUUCUCUUAUUGAUUAUACAAAAAUUGAGAAAUUCAGUAAAAUUUUAAUUUUCAAUUUUUAUUAUAAUAUGAUUUAUGAAUUUUGAAUGUGAUAAAUUGGCGCUUAGAUGUUGUUUAAAAUUAAACAGCAUUUUGGGAAGAUAGAUGAAUAGGCAGGGAGGUCCUACAAGCCGUUAUAAUAAAAAACACGGUUUCACAAUUUUUUUACUGGGAUCAAAACUUUAAGAGAACUGUGAAAAGUUUUCGAACCAAAAACCCUAAUAUCAAUUGUUUACGUAUUAGGUCGUAGAUAAUGCGAAAAUAGUAAUUCGCACACACUGAAUACAUUUUAAUGUGAUAUUAAGUUGAUCAGAGUUAGUAUGGUUCUCAAUUGUUUUUAAGAUAAGUUAAAUAGAAAUAAAAACAGAAAUAACAUUUUUCAGCACGGCUAGCAUAAGACAGGAGACAAACCGACAGACCGAUUAUGCACCUGCCAAAGCAGAGAAACGAUGAAGUUUACCCCUUUGAUAUUACAGGUAUAUUAUUUCCACCCGUAGGCGGAUGCUCGGAUAUUGGAACUGAUAAACAUUUUGCCUUUUCCCCAAGGAGAAAAUGUUUCCUGCCCAUGAAUGGUUGAAUUCAUACACCUUUAUUGUAAACCGUUUUUUUUUUGUAAAAAACAAACGAUACGACAAUUUAUACGACUUGGCAACCUUACCGCUAUAUCGUUAUCUCUUCUAGGCAACCAAUGACGUAAAACACAGCCAAAGAAAAGAGGUAGGUGCCAGGUUAUGCAUAUAAAUAUAUGCCCAUGCUAGUCGGGCUGACGGAAUUUAAAUAAUUGUCAUUGUUAAAAAAUCUAAAUCGAUUUCACAUAACCCCCUUUGAAAUGCCUUGUAUGUUCCAUUUUUAAGACCAUAUUUCUGACAUCACAUGGUUGUAUUAAAUUAAUAUAAUAUUUUAAGUAAUCUCAUUAUAUAUUAAGGCCGAAACUUAAUUAUAAAGGGAUCGAAUAUUGUAUAACUAAUAAAUAUAGAUAUCAUUCCAUUGUUUUAAUAUAUCUUUUUUAGAUUUUCAGUCUGAACUUUUUAAUCAGUGUUACCAACGCAAUAUAGCUACAUCGAAAUAAGACUAUUGUUACAAUUUUAGAUUUAUUUUUCAUAAUUUCAUUCUUACGGAUCUAUCACAAUAUAUUUAUU